AUGGUGCAAUGGAAUGUAUAUAUCGGCCUGAGCCGGCCUCUGUUGCAUAUCGAAAAGAGUUAUGAACGUAUUCACCGACUGCAAAGGUGUCUCUUGCUCAUCGAAACUCUCAAGGCAGCGAGAACCUCGUCGUUCAAACCCGUCGGUUGUGCCCGUUCCCAACCGGAUACAACAGAGCCUACAGCGUCGGUUCCGCGGCACCCCUUUUCGACAUUUGGGACUCCCGCAGAAAUAUCCCUUUCUAAUGAAGAGUUCUCCUCUCUACCUAGCGAAGGUCUCAUAGAUGCAUCGACGGGUUCACAGUUUGUGCGUCAAAUUGAGAGUGCAGCGACAGGCACUUUGGCGUCGAAUCGGAAACAUAACAAGGCACUUCAGACGCUGCCUAGGCUGCCGCUGCUAAUAGAGAACAAAGUGUUUUACGAGACUCUUUUUGUCCUUCCAACUAGAAGGGUGGCUGAUGACUUAUUCACAAAAUACUGGGAGCACAUUGAUCCUAUCUUUCCUUGGUUAGAUCAGGGCACAAUCACCGCAAACUACGAUAUGGUUUGGGGGGAUUCAGCAUUGGACAUGAACGAAAAGGCAUUUCAUUGCAUCCUCAACCUCAUAUUUGCGACAUCUUCCAUGAUCGGUACCACCAGCGAAGUUUAUACACACACUCAGUGUGCGAGUGUCUACUUCGACAGAGCAAAACAGCUCAUGUCCUUUAAUCUUAUGGAAAUGCAUAAUCUGGAGGUCAUUCAAAUCUUCCUCCUCUCCGCCGUGUACCUUCAGCACACGAACUUGGCUCAAGAAUUCGUGCAGAACAUCGGUCUAGCUAUUCAAAUUGCCAGGACUUUAGGGGUUCAAUCCCGGGAAUCUUGCCGACUACUUACUAACAAACAUGAGCAAGAUCUUGCUAUGAGAGUGUGGUUUGGAUGUAUUAUUAUGGACAGGAUUGCGGCCAUGACCUUUGGGUCGAAACCUCAGAUCAGCCAUGAGAUUGUCAAGAAAUCUGCUGUGCCGCCAACUUCUGCUGCUACCCAACAAGUGCUACGUCCAAAUACCCCCUCAAGUAUCAAUGGCGACUUCUAUAGCGCAUUUUGCCAUCUUCAUGUUAUACUUGGCGACAUCUUGGAGUCUCUCUAUCCACUAAGCAGCGAGCAUCCGUCUUCUCCUGAAUUUGGGGCAUCAAUCCCAACGGAGAAAGAUGAUAUCCUGGCUCCGCAGAAGCUCACGGAUUUAUUUCGAAUUGAGUUCGAUCUAUCGACUUGGUAUUCCGGUCUUCCCCCCCAGCUGCAGGUGGGUAUUGGUCGAACAGACUCCCGGAUUGCCAACGUACUUCAUGCUCGAUAUCUCUGCGUCAGAUUACUUUUCUUCCGACCGUUUUUCUUUCAGAGUUGCAAGCCCAGGAAUCGGUCACACGAGAAGACCAGCGGCCCUUCUGAUGAGCAAGUCAUUCAGAUAGUGACCGAAAGCUGUCACACUAAGUGCAUCAGCUCGGCACGAGAUAUUGUUGACUUUUUCAAGGACCUGAACAACAGGCAGACUGCCAUGUCAGAUAGGAACACAUUUCCUUCGCAUUGGUACAUCAUCUCUUGUAAGUACAGUCUUCCGAAUCGCAAAACAAAGGUUCCCCCUAAACUAGACAAAGAGCUCACUCUUCAAGAUAUUUAUAUGGCUGCUACUGUUCUUAUCGCGGAAUAUCUUUGCCCCAUUACCCAAAGCCACAUCCCAAUUUCAGAAAUCGAUGAUCUAUUAGAUCAGGUCGACGAUAUUCUCAAAUGUUGCGAGCCUUCUACCAAUAUUGCUCACAAGUGUCGGGUAACCUUGAAACAGCUGAAUGAAAAGGUCAGGUCUACACAGCGUGAGGUAGAUCGGCCUCAAGCACUUGAAUCCAGCCGGUCCACUGGUGAAGUUUCGUUGGAAGACUUCAAUUACGACUUUGGUCCCGAGGGACUUAUCAUGAAUCCUCUUGAUUCAUACCCCUUCAGCUGGAACGACUGGCCUAUUUCCUUGGCUGAUAUAGCCGAUGAAGGACCAGGAGGUGCGUUCAGGAUGCCCUAUUAG